UGGUAGACCAAUAAAAAAAAGAAAAAAAUACAUGAUACUUCCAUACUCUGAAAAAGUAAAAUUAGUUGAUUUAUCAAUUGAUAAUCCAGCAUGGUCAUGGGAUCAAUUAAAACAAGUAACUGGCUGUCAUUCAUACGUUAGAUCAAGAGCUCAUUUUCUCGAUAUAAAACGUCAAAUACUUAAUGAUAGAAAUACAUAUGAAAAAUUUAAGACAAUUAAUGAUUGGAUUUAUCAAUCAUGUGUCAUUGAAAAUCCAGAUAUCAUGGAAAUUACUGAUGCUAAGCUAAAAUCAUAUACAAAAAGAGCUAAAAAAGUAUUUAGUCCUGAAGCUAAUGAAUUUUCAAUGACAAAGGGUUGGGUGUAUUAUAUGAAAAAACGUCUUGGUAUAACUGAUGAAUCAAAUGAUUUUAAACCAAAUGUUAAACAAGAGCCUGAAAAAUCAGGUAGUAAAAAUGUUGGAAUUUAUUUGUUUAAACAUUCAAGUUCUUUUGAAGAAGAUGAGGCACAUGAUGAGGAUAGUGAUUGGAGCUUUAAUGAUAACACUGAAGUUUUAGAAGAUGAAGAAUAUCAUUAUGUGGCAUCUGGAGAUGAUGAUGAUGAUGAUAAUGAUGAAGCAACAUUAUCAUCAAAGAGUUGUGUUGAUUCUAAAUUAUCAUAUGAAAAUGACAAUGUUGAUUGUAAAAAUAUUAAAAAAGAGUUAAAGGCUUCAUCGACUAAUAAAUAUCAUGAUUCAGAUACAAAUAAAGAUAACAAAACAAUUUUAAAAGAAAUCAUUGAACCAAGUGCAAAAAAAUUAAAAACAAAUGUAUCAGAUGAAGAAAAAAAAAGAGUUGUUGAUAUGGCACGUAAAAAUCCACAAUGGAAUCUUGAACAGUUGAAAAAAGAAAGUAAAUGCCAAGAACUUUUAUUUGUUAGUCAACUUUAUGAUUGGCAAUCACAACUUGAACAAAAUCGUCCAGGUUCUUCUAAAAAUAUAUUCUAAAAUCCAUCGUUACUCCAUGUAAAAACAAAAUUAAUUUUGUUUUUAUUUUUAUUAAAUAA